AUGGCAGCAGUACGCGUACAGCUCUCGAUCAGGAAGGUUAUACGGGGUACAAACGAUCGUGACCGAAGAAGUAGAAAGCAAAGCGAAAAACAAGUUUCAAUGGGAGGGUAAACAGAUUGAACACCCACACCCCGCUCUGUUUACACACAAGAUCUCGUACCUUUUAUCAUCAUCGUCACAUCCAGUGCUUUAUUUCCUCCUAUUGUGACACACCGCGACGUGCGUGUUUGUUCUCGCGUAGAUAUCAAAGAACAGUGUGUUGUGAAUCGUUAUCGUGUUUAAAAGCAGCGAUAAGAAAAACGGGGGGAGAAUACAGUGCUCGAAAGGAUUUUGUGUGGCAUAGAAACAAUCGAAACUCUCCUCGGUGUGUGCUUGUGUCGGUUGAAGCCGUUUUGGUUAGAAGAAGACCGGAAGUGUACAAGGGGGAAGAGCAAAAAGGUGGAAGGGGGGAGGCUAUUGUAAACAAGCUCCGCUCUGGCUGGUACUCGCUCGCACUCUACUAGUUCAGCCAAAGGAAGCAAGGAGGAAGCGCUAGCAUAUACACACUAGCACGCGCACUCUCUACCACCAUCACCAUCAGCACCAGGCACCCCUUCGACCUCGACAACACACUGUGCCCGUUCAAUUGCUUGCGUGUGGUGCGCGUGUGUCAGUAACCCUCCACACCACCCAUCCCUCCACCAAAGGAUUACUGCGCACCGGAUGUCCUUGUAGAUAGAGGGACCGUUAGAGAGAAGGAGAGAGAUAGAACGUCCGUGCGUGCAGAGUGAGUUUGUGCGUGAUUUCUUUUUCUUUUUCGGAAACUUCUGCUGCGUAGAAGCCUCUUCCUCCCAGCCGUGACACGAUAGUCACAAAACCAACAACGACGACGGGGGCAUAUUGUAACCGUCCUAUACAUAGAGAGAGAGCGGACGAGAGUGAUAAGAACCGAACCACGGGUCUGAUAGUAGUAACAGUGUGUUAUUGUGUUUGUGGUGCUGUAUUGCGCUUAUCAUCAGUACCAAGUUCCCCAAGUGCUCGAACUCGACAAGAGCAGCUAGCAGUAUUACGGUGGAAGGGAACAGUAUACAAAGUACUACACCACCACCGAACUCCUCUCUCGUAUAAGUACCACCGAGCGGCAGUAACCUCCGCUGACUUUACUGACUGAAAGCGAGCUUCAUACACAACGAUAUAUACAAAUACCCUAUAUAUACAGCCAAAGAUUAGAUACUACGAUAGAACAACCAGCACGGAACGCUUUUGCAACGUAUCAGCUUUAUAUACUGCACCGAUCUUCCUGAUAAGCUUAUUAGCAAGCAGUCAUUGCACUCAGCCACAACAUAUACAGACACAAGAUCAGCAAUCCUGUUGCAACGCAGGAUCAUUGAAUUCGUAACGUUAUACAGAGACAUCCAGCGAGACUCGUUACUACCGCCGUCCGGUGUUGGUACGAUUCAUUGCCGUAGUAGAGCAUCUUCGGCAUCAACCGCUAUCACCUGAAGGCCAAGACGCAACUGUGUAUCGCAACAGCAGCAUCACCUAAAACACACCAAUAUGACGGCACAAGUUCAAUCGCUACCGAUCGAUCAGACCGACAACAAGCAUAGCAAUGAUGAGCUGGCGUACCUGUCGGCCGACUACUUUCACAUCGAGCAGAACAGAUUACAAACAUACGAUCAGUGGCCGGUGGCAUUCAUAAGAAAGGAAGAGCUAGCACGAUAUGGGUUCUAUUACACCGGUAACGAAGAUACGGUCAAGUGUCACUUCUGCCGGGUGGAGAUCGGCAUGUGGGAAGAGCACGACAAUGUGAUAGAGGAACAUCUGCGCUGGUCACCGUACUGUCCGUUGCUGCGAAAGCGACCAACCAACAACGUAGCACUCGAUCGCAACUUCCUCGCGAACGUACCGGAACCCAGCUACGACGUAUGCGGCAUCAACGUACGGACGCAUUCAUACGCAGAGAACGCUAGCGAUCGCAUGAGCGGAGACUCGUGGAGUGGCGCCAGUGACAUUAGCAGCAGUGGCAACAGCAUCAACGGUAACAGCAUCGUCGGUGAGGCGAGCACCAGCACGAUCAGCACCGAUCGCAGUGGACUGAUGCAGAUGCGGCAUGGCGGUGACGAUGUGCCACUGACGGGAGGAGCCGUUGCGUCAGGCUUCAGCAGUAUGGGAACGAUGGUGGGCAGCCAGACAUGCCGGCCCGAAUAUCCAAUGUACGCGAUCGAGGCCGAUCGUUUAAAGUCGUUCGAAGAUUGGCCAACGUCGAUGUCCCAGAAGCCACAACAGCUAAGCGAUGCCGGGUUCUUCUACACGGGCAAGAGCGAUCGCGUAAAAUGUUUCAGCUGUGGCGGUGGACUGAAGGACUGGGAACAGGGCGAUGAUCCGUGGGAGCAGCACGGUAUCUGGUACAGCAAUUGUCACUAUCUGAAGCUGAUCAAGGGCCGUGAGUUCAUCGACAGAUGUCUGGCGAUGAAGGCCGACGAGGAGGCGGCGGCCUCCUCGCAACCAUCGACCUCCGGUGUCAGCUCAAACGGCUCGUCGCUCAUGAGCACCUCACCGGCCACUUCCAGUGGCAUUAGCUCACCGGCGCCCGGUGAUGACGCUAGCACGUCCAGCAGCAGCAAAACGACGACGGUGGUGCCGAAGCCCGCCUCAUCGACCAUUGGCUGUGCCGUGGAAGGCGAUGAUGAUGCGGCCAACCGUGGCAUCUCCGACGGCAAGAUCUGUAAGAUUUGCUACGUCAACGAGUACAACAUUGCGUUCCUGCCGUGCGGCCAUGUCGUGGCGUGCGCCAAAUGUGCAUCGUCCGUCACCAAGUGUCCGAUGUGUCAGCAACCAUUCUACAAUGUGCUCAAGCUCUACCUGUCCUAGUAUGGGAGUCUGUAAAAAUUAGAGAUCUUAGGUAUUCUGUUUGUUUGUUUAUUUCUUUUUCAAAUUCUUGACAUCGAGACGUCGUGCGAUCGUCAAAAGAAGUCAAAAUAAAGGAGAUGCGCGUAAUUUUGAACCGGGAACUAGUAUGUCGCCAAGAUCGUCGUCGAUGAAAAGUAUUCAGAAGUAGCAUAUCCUGCAUGCUUAUAACUAGGCGCCUAUUGCUAUGCGCUUCGAAUGUGUUUGUCUGUGUCUGUGCGAUUGCGUAUGUAAGGACAGACGAGAGAGUUUGAAUGUUAAGAGCAACGUGUUGCUAGUAGUGUAGUGGGAACGUGCACCGAAAGACGGAUUUCGAGGAGCCGAGCUUAGUAUCAACCUGAAACGCAACUUGCAUAUGCCGGUAAAUGAAGCGAUAUCAAGAGAGAAGUGACGGCGAUGGGAGAGAUGAGAGAGAAGUAGGGAGAAGGGGUGGGGAAAUGGAUUACAUCUUAUCCAAUCGGGGCCCAUCAUACCAAAUGAGCCCUUGCCAACUCCUGUACCUGCUCGCUGCCAUCGGGGAGUUUGUAGAUAAAGUAAUCCUUUUUUUUGUCGUGGAUUUUUUAGAGCGAGAAGAUACGAAUAAAGCUUCCCACCUCCCAAACAAAAACACAUACAUACUGACAUCUGAUGAGAUCUGUUCGCAGAGAAGUUAAAAAAUCCACGCUGCGUAGUCGGUUUGAUUCCCACCCGGGGGGGAAGCCUUGAUCGAAUGAGAUCGUUGCUUUCCCGCUCUGCGCUUACCUCUAGAUAUCUAUCAUCACCGUUUUUCGCCAGAGAGGUAUAGGACGGUAGAGAGGAUGUGUGUGAUGUGUUGAUGAACAACGUACCUAAACUAAACAUGAAAUCGCAUGAAGGGAACCGACAUAACCGAACACCUUAAUAACCGCACCCGUGUGCACCUAGCGUAAGAACUAAGCGUAAAAUUAUUCGUAUAUUACUAUUCGAGCGUGUACUCUUCGGGCUUGCAGUUGUUUGUCAAAGAGAGAGAGAGAGAGCAAGAGGAAGGUUAUGUUUUUACACUUGGCUGGAAACUAAACUACUACAACAAAGUAAAAAAAAAAAUGGAUAAUAAAACAUAAGAAUAAUGUUGGAACAGAA